GUAUUAACUCGCUCGCCACCUUUCUUCCAAUAUCUCACUUGUCUUCUUCUUCGAACCCUUUGAAACCAAAAAGUCUUCCCUCUCGAUUACCACUUUCAAAUCUCCCGUAUGUCUUCUUACGGACAAAUCCUUCUCUGUUUUGGUCUCAUGUUCUGUUUCUACUUACCCUGUUGUGUAAAAUCUGAUGAACUCCAAAUCCUGUUGGACCUGACAUCCGCUCUUAAUGAAUCAAACACCAAUGUUCUUGAUUCAUGGGAGGCUACCAGUUCUGUUUGUAGCUUCAAUGGAAUCACUUGCAACGCCCAAGGGUUCGUUAAGGAAAUCGAGCUUUCACAUCAGAACCUGUUGGGUGUUCUUCCUUUGGAUUCAAUAUGUCAGCUUAAAUACUUGGAUAAGCUUUCCUUGGGGUUCAAUUUAUUGUACGGUGAAAUCACUGAAGAGUUGGGUAAUUGUUUAAAGCUUCAGUAUUUGGAUCUUGGCAACAAUUUUUUCACUGGUUCGUUCCCGGAUAUAUCGUCUCUUAGCAAUUUGCAGUAUCUUUAUUUGAAUGGAAGUGGAUUUUCCGGCACUUUUCCAUGGAAAUCGCUUGAUAACACGACCAAUCUUGCUGUUUUGAGCAUUGGGGACAAUCCUUUUGAUCGAAUGGAGUUUCCUGAUCAGAUUUUGAAGCUAAAAAAACUGUACUGGCUUUAUAUGGCGAAUUGCAGCAUCGAGGGGAAGAUUCCGCCCGCCAUUGGAAACCUUACUGAGCUCAUAGAAUUGGAGCUUCAAUACAAUUAUUUGUCCGGUGAAAUUCCGGCGGAGAUUGGUAAGCUUCAUAAGCUAUGGCAGCUGGAGCUUUACAACAAUGAAUUGACUGGGAAACUUCCCGUUGGAUUAAGAAACUUGACGAAACUGGAAUUUUUCGAUGCCUCGGCAAACAAUCUUGAAGGAGAUAUUUCAGAAGUGAGGUAUUUGACAAACUUGAUAAGCCUGCAACUGUUUGAGAACAAGUUUUCCGGCGAAGUUCCGCCGGAGUUGGGUGAGUUCAAGAAACUGGUGAACCUGUCUCUUUACACUAACUUGUUGACGGGUCCUUUGCCUCAAAAGCUUGGUUCUUGGGCUGAAUUCAACUACAUCGAUGUAUCGGAGAAUUUCUUGACUGGUCCAAUCCCGCCGGACAUGUGCAAGAAAGGGACCAUGAGAGCAGUUCUUAUGCUUCAAAACAAGUUCUCCGGCGAAAUUCCGGCGACUUACGCAAGUUGCACCACUCUGAAACGGUUCAGAGUCAGUAACAACUCGCUUACCGGAAUCGUUCCGGCGAGAAUAUGGGGAUUGCCGGAAGUUGACAUAAUUGACGUUGCUUACAAUCAACUUGAAGGUCCAAUUACAGCUGAUAUCAAGAACGCGAAACAAAUGGGGAUACUGUCAGCUGAAUACAAUCGGUUUUCAGGUGAACUGCCAGAAGAGAUUUCAGAAGCUAAAUCAUUGGUUAGAAUUGAGCUAAACGACAAUCAAUUUUCCGGAAAAAUCCCUCAUGGAAUCGGGGAGCUUAAAAGAUUGAGCAACCUUAACUUGCAGAACAACAGGCUGUCUGGUUCAAUACCAGAUUCAUUAGGUUCUUGUGCUUCCAUCAGCAACAUAAACAUGGCUGAUAAUGUUCUUUCUGGCAAAAUCCCAUCAUCUUUAGGAUCUUUGCCGACAUUGAACUCUCUGAACUUGUCUGGAAAUCAACUUUCCGGAAAAAUCCCAGAGAGCUUGUCGUUGCUCAAGCUGAACCUUGUUGAUCUGUCUUAUAAUCGGUUAACUGGUCCUAUACCAAAUUCUUUCUCUAUUGAAGCAUAUAAUGGUAGCUUUACUGGAAACCCUGGCCUUUGUAGUCCAACGAUCCGACAUUUCAAGCAAUGUCAACCAGAUUCCGCCAUGUCUAAAGAUACUCAUACGUUUAUAGUUUGGUUCACGCUCGGCGCAACCGUCUUGCUUGUUUCUUUGGGAUGCUUCUUAUAUGUAAGGAGAAAAGAAAAAGACAAUAGCCUUUCUUUGAAGGAAGAAUCUUGGAACAUAAAGUCUUUCCAUGUUUUAACUUUCACUGAAUAUGAAAUCCUUGAUUCCGUUAAGCAAGAGAAUCUGAUUGGAAAAGGAGGAUCAGGGAACGUAUACAAAGUAACACUUCCGAAUGGCAUCGAACUUGCUGUGAAACACAUACGGAAAAGCCACAGAAAGAGCCUGGGUACGCCCGCGGUUUUCAGCAAAAGUGCCGGAAAGGAAAAGGAAUUCGACAUGGAAGUGCAGACAUUGAGCUCAAUAAGACAUGUCAAUGUGGUGAAGCUCUAUUGCAGCAUCACUAGUGAAGACUCAUGCUUGUUGGUGUAUGAGUACUUGCGCAAUGGAAGCUUGUGGGAUCGAUUGCAUUCGAGUAAUAAAAUGGAGCUUGAUUGGGAUACAAGGUACGAGAUUGCAGUUGGGGCAGCUAAGGGGCUCGACUACCUUCAUCAUGGAUGUGAAAGACCGGUGAUCCAUCGAGAUGUCAAAUCUAGUAACAUAUUGUUGGAUGAGUUUAUGAAGCCUAGGAUUGCUGAUUUUGGACUCGCCAAGAUAGUUCAGAGCAAUGGAGCUAAAGACUCGACCCAUGUCAUUGCAGGCACCUAUGGUUACAUAGCUCCUGAAUACGGUUACACCUACAAAGUGAACGAAAAGAGCGAUGUGUACAGCUUCGGAGUGGUAUUAAUGGAGUUAGUGAGCGGGAAGAGGCCAAUCGAGCCGGAGUUUGGAGAUAAUAAGGAUAUUGUGAGUUGGGUUUGCAGCAAAAUAAACAACAAAGAGAGUGUAUUAAGCAUAGUGGACCCAAGAAUUCCUGAAGUAUUGAAAGAAGAUGCAAUCAAGGUGUUGAGGGUAGCCAUUUUGUGCACUACGAGAUUACCGGCAAUUAGACCCACCAUGAGAACCGUGGUGCAAAUGCUGGAAGAGGCAAAACCCUGCAAAUUGGUCGGAAUUGUUAUCAGUAAAGAAGGUGAGCACAAGAUAAAGGAAGCAGACAAGUUCAAUCUACUGUUAUAAAAAGAAUCUUGCAAACAUUGUAACAUAUAUUAAACACUUUAUCAGCUUAUCAGUUGUAAAAUAUUAACUACAGUCUGAUAUAUAGGUAUGUCUAUUUAUAUCCAUACAUCGAUCUUAAUAUAUAUAUACACUACUAUGUAUUUUGUUUUCUUCUAAAA